UUUCUGUAGCUUACCGCGUCAUCGGAGAGUUCGAACUCCUUUUCCCAGCAGGCCCUGGGCCCGGGCCUGCCGAGCCCUCUGCGCGCGCGGCUCUUUGGGAUUCGAAGGGCGGAGGGCCGCGAACCUCCGCGCUCCCAGGGAUGGGAACUACAGUUCCCAGAAGGCUGUACGGCCGAGCCCCUCAGGCUGCUUUCAGAGGGCUGGCGGGUUCCAGCGCCUUGGGGUCUGGCCCUGCGGGCAUAGUGGCGUGGCCUGGCUUGGCGGGAGGGGCGGCCCCGUGGGGGUCGUGCCUCUGGGUGCCGCCCUGGGACGUCUGUCCUGGAGGCGAGGGAAACUCUGCUCUUAAAGACAAAGAAGACCAAUUUGGGAGAACACCUCUUAUGUAUUGUGUGUUGGCAGACAGACUAGACUGUGCAGAUGCUCUUCUGAAGGCAGGAGCAGAUGUCAACAAAACUGACCACAGCCGGAGAACUGCCCUCCAUCUUGCAGCUCAAAAGGGAAAUUAUCGCUUUAUGAAGCUCUUACUUACACGCAGAGCAAACUGGAUGCAAAAGGAUCUAGAGGAGAUGACGCCUUUGCACCUGACCACCCGGCACAAGAGCCCUAAGUGUUUAACACUUCUGCUGAAGUUCAUGGCCCCUGGGGAAGUGGAUACCCAGGACAAAAACAAGCAAACAGCUCUGCACUGGAGUGCCUACUACAACAACCCCGAGCAUGCGAAACUGCUCAUCAAGCACGACUCCAACAUAGGGAUUCCUGAUGUGGAAGGCAAGAUCCCACUCCACUGGGCAGCCAACCAUAAAGACCCCAGUGCUGUCCACACCGUGAGAUGCAUUCUGGAGGCAGCUCCCACAGAGUCUUUACUGAACUGGCAAGACUACGAGGGCCGAACACCUCUCCAUUUCGCAGUCGCCGAUGGAAACCUAACAGUGGUUGAUGUCUUGACCUCGUACGAGAGUUGCAACGUAACGUCUUAUGAUAACUUGUUUCGAACCCCGCUUCACUGGGCUGCCUUACUAGGCCAUGCAAAGAUUGUCCAUCUCCUUUUAGAAAGAAACAAGUCUGGAACUAUCCCCUCUGACAGCCAAGGGGCAACCCCCUUGCACUAUGCAGCUCAGAGUAACUUUGCAGAAACAGUUAAAGUGUUUCUAAAACAUCCUUCAGUGAGAGAUGAUUCAGACCUGGAAGGAAGAACAUCCUUCAUGUGGGCAGCAGGGAAAGGCAGUGAUGACGUCCUCAGGACUAUGCUGACUUUAAAAUCUGAUAUUGAUAUUAACAUGGCAGACAAGUAUGGCGGCACUGCUUUGCAUGCCGCUGCCCUUUCUGGCCAUGUCAGCACUGUGAAGUUAUUAUUGGAAAACAAUGCUCAAGUAGAUGCUACUGACGUCAUGAAACAUACCCCACUCUUCCGAGCCUGUGAAAUGGGGCACAAAGAUGUGAUUCAGACCCUCAUUAAAGGUGGGGCAAGGGUCGAUCUCGUUGACCAAGAUGGACACUCACUUCUACACUGGGCAGCACUGGGAGGGAAUGCCAAUGUCUGCCAGAUACUGAUAGAAAACAAGAUCAACCCAAACGUGCAGGAUUAUGCAGGGAGAACACCCUUGCAGUGUGCCGCAUAUGGAGGGUACAUCAACUGCAUGGCAGUGCUCAUGGAAAACAAUGCAGACCCCAACAUCCAAGACAAAGAGGGAAGAACAGCCUUGCACUGGUCUUGUAACAAUGGAUACCUUGAUGCCAUUAAAUUACUGCUGGACUUUGCUGCUUUCCCUAACCAGAUGGAAAACAAUGAAGAGAGGUACACACCUCUUGAUUAUGCUUUGCUUGGUGAGCGCCAUGAAGUAAUCCAGUUCAUGCUGGAGCAUGGUGCUCUGUCCAUUGCGGCUAUACAAGACAUUGCUGCCUUCAAAAUCCAAGCCGUCUACAAAGGGUACAAGGUCAGAAAAGCCUUCCGGGACCGGAAGAACCUCCUCAUGAAGCACGAACAGCUGAGGAAAGAUGCUGCGGCCAAAAAGCGGGAGGAGGAAAACAAGCGAAAGGAAGCCAAACAGCAAAAAGAACUGCUGAGCACAGAUUCCCACAGACCGCAAACCUUUCCCUGUCUGCUGAGCCCCCAGAACCAGCCCAGCCAGCAGACUACGGCCCCCAACAAACAGCUGCCUGCCAACUGCACAGUGCACAGCCCUGAUCCAGGACACAACAGAGGGUCUCCAGGCAGGUGUCUGAGCACAGUCGCCUAUGAGGAACAGGAUAGUUCCUCAGACGUUCAGGGAACGGCCUCCAGAAAGCCAAAUGAAACACCCAAAGGCCCCUCUACCUGUGUGCACAUCAGACCAUGUGAAGUCAGUGACGGUGACAGGUGUCGGGGAGCACCCUCUGUAGAGAAGCACAGAGGUGAGACCAAUGGCGAGCUCCAGUGUAAGGAGGGGCUGAGCAGGGCCAAAAAACCUUUGUCAGUCAAUCCGACUGGCCCUGCAAAAAAAGGAGAGGACCUAAGCUGUACAGCUCCAAAAGCUCCCCAGCAGGAAGGCCCCAGGAAACCCAGCAGGUGGCAGGAUACAGUGCCCAGGGCCAGAGGUGCCCCCCAAAACAGGCGCACCCACCAGCUCAGAGACAGAUGCUCCCCAGCUGGGUCCAGCCGACCUGGCAGUGCCAGGAAGGAAGCUGCCUAUGUUGGACAGAGUCCCCUCUACCAUCGCACUCCAAGAAACAAGGUGACUCAGGACAAGCUCGUAGGAGCGGCCUACUCAGAUUUGCCACCAAGCACAGACGAGUUGAGGUCAGGAUGCAAGAAGCUGUCUGAAGGCGUGCAGGCAUCUCCAGAGACCAGCGUGACUUGUGGCCCUCUGCCUGGGCAGUGUGUGAAUAUUGACCUUCUUCCUAUAGAGCUGCGCCUGCAGAUAAUCCAGAAGGAACGAAGCAGGAAAGAGCUGUUUCGCAGAAAAAACAAAGCAGCGGCAGUCAUCCAGCGAGCCUGGCGAAGUUACCAGCUCAGGAAGCACCUCUCCCACCUUCUGCACAUGAGGCAGCUUGGAGCUGGAGAUGUGCUCAGAUGUAGCCAAGAGACCACAGCCCUGCUCCUCCAGGUUUGGAGGAAAGAACUGGAACUAAAACUCCCAAAGGCCAUGUCAGGAAGCAGGAUGCCAAUAAAUCCAUCCAAAGGCAUUUCAAGCAAAAAGUCCACCAGACACUCAGUGCUCAGGCAGAUCUAUGGUUGUUCUCAAGAGGGGAAAGUACGUCAUCCCAUCAGGUCUUCAAAGGCCUUUCCUGCACUACAUCUCAAUUCAGUGAACAGUUUGCAGAGUAUACAUCUUGAGAACAGUGGAAGAUCAAAGAACUUUUCUUACAACCUGCAACCAGCUAGUCAAUCAAAAAGCAAACCAAAGCUCUAAUUGUCUGGAAGACCAGAACUGUUGUGGAAAAUCUUGUGACUGAUUUUGCCUUUUGCCUUACAUACCUAUCAUGCUGGAAUGCAUUGCUUCUAAUGGGGCAUCUGGCCCGCUAGAGUGUAAUAGGAUACUAGUCUGCCAUGCUAA